UUUCAACCGCUCUCAUCACAACAAUAAAGCAGAGCAUGACGGGAGUUGUAGUGUAGGAGCUGCGAAAACGAGCGGGAUAAAAAAGACUGAACACUUUUUAUUUGAAUUUUUAUUCACUUAUAUUUAGCAGUAUAAAGUAAAUAGUCAACUCAACCCUGUUUUCUCACUUUGGGACGUAUUUUAAAAAUGCAUAUCAUGUAGUCAUACCUCAUAAUUUCAAUUAAUAAUUAAAAUUAGUUAAAAAAUAAAUCAGAUUAACUUAACUACAGCAAUAGUAUGUUUUAUAACCUAGAUUUAUCACACUUUUUCUUCUUUUUAAGACUUAAAAUUUAAUAGUAGGUAUUUAAGUUUUAAAGUAAAAUAAUCAAUGUUAAAUUGGUAAAAUUAAAAUACUGGUGGGGUUUAUUUUUAGCCGCCAAUGACCGACUAGUCCCCACCCACCUGUAAAAACAGGGUCAAAACUAAAUGCAAGAAAAUUCUCAAACUUAAAGCAAGACAAAAAAAAAAAAAAACAGUUUACAGAAAAAGAUUUAUUAUGAAGGUAAAACACCAAGUGGAAUAUUAUACUCUCUAUUCAAUAUUAAAUAUUCCAUUUACAAACAUGAUUUACAUUUUUUUUAUAUCAAAAAUUGUCCUCACUUUUCUAAUGUAAAUUUCUUGGUUAUGGAUUAUACCUUUUGAUUCUAAAACAUUUAAAAUCAUUUUAACGCCAUACACUUUAGGCUCUACUGCUGCUUUCUAAAAGCAUUGCAGAAACUCCAGCAGCUCUGAACAUAGGCUAUUUACACAUUGACAGAAAUUGGCGGGUUUCUGAAGUGAUGGGUCCUGAAUGAUUUCCUAAAUGUCAGUUGGCUUCACACUACAUAGAUAGAUAGGUAGGUAGGUAGGUAGGUAGGUAGGUAGGUAGGUAGGUAGGUAGGUAGGUAGGUAGGUAGUUAGGUAGGUAGGUAGGUAGGUAGGUAGGUAGGUAGGUACUUUAUUGAUCCCGAGGGGAAAUUCUAGACAUCCAGCAGCAGGUAUAAUACACAAGUUACAAAAUGAAUACACAAAGUUAGUUAAAAAAAUAAAAUAAAAUAAAUAUAGGAGGAAUGUGUCUUUGGUAAGAAUUAAUCAUUUGACCAUCAACAAGAUUCCGGUCACUUUAUAGCUUUUAGUUAUCAAUAUAUACAUUUAAAUAUAAUUUACUAUAAGGUUAUUCCCAGCAAACACUGUCACAUUGUGGCAGUGUUGUUACAGGCUAUUGGUUUUCACAACAUUAUCACAACUCUGAAAGUACAGUAUACAAUAGAAGUAUAUAAUUAUGAAGUCUACUGUUAGUACAUCUAACAUACUGUUAGAUAUUAGUACAUUUCUGUAAUUUUGAAAAGUUGUCACAAGAUUUGUUUUUUGACCCAGAGGGAGUUUUUCUUAAUUAUGAGGCUGUUAAAUGACAGUUAUUGAAACAUAAGCAGUGUGACCUAUAGAGAAUGUUAGAAAUUAGACAACAUUGUGCAAAUUGUGUGUUUUUUGUCUCCCUGUCUUAAUUUGUUUAAUACUACAUGGCUGUUCUGUUUUGUAGGUGUUCGUGUGUAGUUUUGUUUCCAUAGUGAAGCUGUGAAAGGCUGUGAAUGAAAAUGAGUGAUGAGGAGGAGGAGCUCAUUGAGCUGCAGGCUGGAGAGCUGAGUUGAGCUGAGCUGAGCUGCUCUCUCUCUGAUGGCUGGAGUGCUUCAGUGUGUGAUACUAAUACUGAGUAUUUAACUUUUAUCGUAAGAAACAGGAAUUUUACAAUGUGGACUGUUUACAGAAAUGGAAUUACACCUAAAAAAAAGAAGAAAAAGAAGAAAGAAGCAGUAAGCUUUCCACCCAUUUCCAGCAGUCCCUUUAAGCCACCAGCACAGGAUCAGAAGACCAGGCUAACUACAUCUCAACGCCUUCAAGAGCUUUUCUUCUCCCAGACCCUGAGUGAUUACGGCCCUCUCGACAGGACAAUCAAGAACAAGAAAACCUCAGGUCACCAGGUUGUUUCUUAUGCCAAACUGAGUGUAGAGACAGACCUGGAGAUCACAGCUCACCUAAAAAACAAUCUGCAACAACAUCAUUUCAAGCUUCUCCAAGAUUCAUCCGCUGGAGAGAAGGAAGCUGAACUGUUGAACUUUUUGAGAAGUAAAACAUUUCAGUUAAAGGACCAGGCUCUGAAGGCCCUGUUUAAUGUCAGUGGGCCUUUAAAUUCUCGGGAUGAUGCUCCUCAGUUACUGCAAAUACUAAAAGAGAAUGAAAAGGAAGAAGAAGAGGAGAAUGUGGAGGAGAACAAUCAGGACAGAAAGAUUCUUCCUGCUUUGUCAUCUUGUACCGACGAGGCUCCAGACAGAGGCUCCUCUGAGGGAACAUGUGCAGGCUCUGAGGCUGAAAAAAAAGAGAGCUUGUUUUCUAAACAGUAUGAUGAAAUAAAUCAGGAUCUUCUGGACUAUAUUAAGACAAACAACAUGCAAGAAGACACAGACAGGCUUUGUCACAUCAAACAAAGAAGAUUCAUGAUCUACCUGUGUGGAGGAUACUUAGAUACCGUUGCAGAGCGUUCAGCGUUGAUGGAGAGAGUGUAUCCUCAGUUGUACCUGUACUGUAAGCAGAGGGGCUAUGAUUUUAGGAUGGUGGAUCUGCGCAGAGGAGUGACAGAUCCUAUUUCUGACUAUAAUGAUUCGGCAGAGUUACAUAUAGAGCUGCUUAAGAAAUGCCAAGAGACAGAGGGACCAAGCUUUUUUAUGUUCACAGGUCAGAAGCACGAAGUCCAGUCACUACCCACCACCAUCUCCCAAGGAGACUUUGAGGCCAUUUUGAGAACUGUCACAAGAGAUAGGAAAAAGCAAUCCAAGAGAGAGUCAGAAGUGGAUGAUGUGACUGUUAAAUCACAAUCCAGUCUUGGCAUCAGCAAUGACGGGAGUUUCACUCUAGAGCACAGACCUGGGGAGGAGGAGGAGCAUACAGGAAGCUCCGCCUUAAUGAGUGAAAACUCAAAAUCCCUCAGUUCAUUUUCAGAUGGAGAGAAGACAGAGGCAGAUAACGAUCAGGAUUUGGGACUUUUGCAGACGUGGUACCAGCUGGAUGAAAACACAGUGCCUCCUGUGUAUCGUCUGCUGCCUGUGAGCACACACCUCCCAGACUUCCUGAGUCGGGAUGGGCAGCGCAGGAAAGCAGCAAAGAAAGCAUGGCGAUCUACGUGUUUGCACAUAUGGGGGGUGCUACAAUGCAAUGGCCCAGAGGCCAUCGGAGAAACAGCUACAUCCCACUUACUCAGGACAGUUCUGGACUGGGAGAUGGAGCAGGGUCUAGGAGCGAAACUCCCUGCAGAGGAGUACAGCCACUGCUAUAAGCGCAUCAUCACAGAUCUGCUAUAUAAUCUGAGAAGUGAAUACGCACAACAGUUCAUCGACCUGCACAAAGGCAGACCCGAAAUCAACCAAACUCUUCAUCGAUCCCAGCAAAGCUUCAUCCACAACAUCCACAGCAAGCUCAGACACACUAAUAUCUAUGAGACCAACGUUAGCUGGGGAAGGAAAGGCCUCAGUCCCAAACACAACAGAUCUCAUCAGUUCUACACAGAACGCCUCUGCUCCCAUUUCCAGCGCAUAGUCACAACAGCCCUCAACAGGGUGAUGCAGGUUAAACCAGUUAAACGCUCUUUUGACGUGAGGAGAAGAGAAGCUUCCCGGACUCGACUUCAUGAGGAAAUGCAGCUCCACCUCAGACAUGGAAAAUCACUAGCACAGAGUUUUGAGUUCAGGCAGAACUUCUUGUUGGAAGUGAAAGAUUCUCUGGAGAUAUCAGCUUCCUCCCAGAAUGCUUUGCUACUACUGGGGGAGCCAGGCUCUGGAAAGAGCACCCUCAUGGCCAAAGUGGUGCAGCUCUUGCCCACCUGGAUAUCAGGAAAAGUGAAGGUGCUGGUGUGUUUUGUGGGACUGGCGUCUGACAGCAGGAACGUGCGUCUUCUCCUGCAGAUGAUUUGUACACAGAUGGCCGACAUCUACUGCAAACACACAGAAAUAUCUGAGUCUUUACCUCAGCUGAUCAGAGAGCUGCACUCAUUGCUGAUGUUGGUGAGUGAGGACAGGCCUCUGGCUCUAGUGCUGGAUGGUUUGGAUGAGCUGAGUGAAGAACAUGAGGCAGAUCUGAGCUGGCUCUACACCCCUCCACCCCCACAUGUCUACAUCUUACUGUCCGCAAGCAAAGAGUCGUCCGCCUAUCAAGUGCUAAAGUCCCAUGCUAAGGUCUCACUCCUCUCUCUGCCUCCUCUGAGCAGUGAGGAGAUCACUGCAGGUUUGAGGUCCAGGCUGGCGUCUGACGCUCGUCGUCUUCAGACAGCUCAGUGGAAUCUGUUACUGCAGCGCUGCCUGUCCUGCCCUAACCCUCUCUAUCUCAGCACAGCCUACAGCCUGAGCCUCUCCUGGAGCUCCUUCACUCCCCCAGAGCAGACCACUCUGCCAGGGCAGCUGCAGUCGCUCUUUCAGGGCAUAUUUGCCAGUCUGGAACGAAAACAUGGAGAACAUCUGCUGCGGCGUGCUGCCUCUCUGCUCUGUCUCUCGCGCUGUGGAGUGACGGAAGAGGAGCUCCUGCGGCUUUUAGGGCGAGAUGAACGUGUCGCCCAGGAGAUAGCAAAAUUACACAACCAGACUCAGACUACUUCAGGAUAUGACAGUGUGCCUUUCGUACUUUGGGCCCGACUCAGACAUGACAUUGGAUAUCACCUUACUCAAGUGGAAAGUGACGGAACGUGGGUCCUUCACUGGACUCACAGUGAAUUUGGCCAGGUUGCUACCCAGCGAUAUUUGAAGACAGAAGAUACAACGAGAGCUGUCCAUGCAGACUUUGCAGAAUAUUAUGGUGCUGAUGGCCCUGAUAGUAGCAUCUUCCAGCCACUCGCCUGGAGCAGAGAGGAGGGAGGCAAGAGGAGUUACGUCUUUAAUCUGCGCAAACUUCAUGGACUGCCAUACCACCUCAUACGCUCAGGCCAGAUUCUGCCUCUCUUUAGCCAGUGUAUCUUUAACUACGAGUUCCUGCUGCACAAGCUCUGGGGUCUUUCCUUCUGCCACAUAGAAGAGGACCUCAAAGCUGCCAUCAUCCCAGAUAAAGACCUGGUGGACAAAGACAUGUUGGUCCAGGCCCUCUGUCUCUCCCGUUCAGUCCUGCUGAAGGACCCCUGUCAGCUGGCGUCUCAGCUGUUGGGGCGUCUGCUGCAUAUAACCACCCAGGAUAAGCCUGUUGCUCCCGGUGACCCUCUGCGCUACACUUAUCUGCACACCCUUAUGGCACAAUGCCAGCGCUCUACUCUGCCUGUACUCGUGCCCUCUUACAGCUGCCUCAUGCCCCCAGGAGGACUUACACACACGCUUCUCACAGGUCACCUAAGUCCUGUAACAGCGUUGGCCUUUGGUCAGGAUCAUGCAGUAUCCUGUUCUGUAGACGGGACUCUUAAACUCUGGAAGCUGGAUGACACUGUGGCACUGGCCAGAACCUUACCCAGGUCAGAGGGCUUCACCUCAGGCUGGGCAGCGGACUCCCUCACUCUGUGCCUGAAGGACAGCGUGUUAGUGCUGAGGAAGGGUCACCGUCUGCAGGUGCGGGAGGUGGAUUCUGGGAAGGUGUUCUAUACAGAGAGCGAGUCACUCGAUGUUCCUGUAGUUACUUCUACGGGUGAAGGACGACUGCUCGUGGUCUUCUAUGAUGGGAGCCACAAAGUCAAAGUGUUUGAUUUAGCUGCAUCAUGCUCACUACUGCGCUGUGUUAAUGUUACCCUGGAGAGUGAGCCCAUCCACAAAGACAACUCCAUUCUGCUCUCCCACAACUCUAUCAAAGACCAUGUCUUCUUUGCAUACAGGAGUGGUGGAGAAGCUGCUGUUUUCAGUGCGAAUUCAGGGACAGUACUGUCUGUAGUAAAAGCACAGGAACAGGCUGCCUCCAUACAGGCUGUGGAAAUGAGCUCUCAGUAUUUACUGCUUUUCUGCAGGUACCCCUAUAAAAGGGACACUGAAAUAAUUCACAUCGAGCUCUACUGCCCUGCUUCCUUCCAGUACCUGCGCUCCAUUCUGGGCUGCAGUCAGGACUACAUUUCCCAGGUUACCAUCAACAGGGGUGGAACCCACGUUAUCGCCUUUUGCCCCUCCAAUCGCACAGUUUCCACAGAGAUCAUCACCUGGAAUCUGGAGACAGAGGAUCAUAAACACAUGGCACGCUUUCCAGGCCUCCUGACUGCAGGUAUAUGUCCUGACCUGCGGUUCUGUCUGGGGUUCUGUUCUGGAGAGAGGUACCUUCGCCUGUGGAACCUGAUUUCUAGAAUCAACGACCAGACUCUCACAUACAACAUCCACAGAGUACAGAGGGACGGCACUCAGGAGAUUAUUCCCAUGGAUAAAUAUCCCAGCUAUGUGGUGUGUCGUGGGAUUCGGACUGGUACGGUGCGAGUGUGGAACGUAAGCCGAGCACACUUCAGGGGACGGCCCGUUCGGGUGGAGCACAGCUUGUUCUCCAGUUCUGAUGUAGUUUUGGCUCAAGACCUCAAACUGUACAUUCUGACCGACCGCGGCACGGCCACCUUCACCGAUACACCCACUCCAGUCUACCAGACCCUGCUGGUGUAUGAUCUCCUGACCAGAAGCUACGUUAAGAGGCAGUCUGGUCUCUUCAUUGUGCCUUGUCCUCAGCAGGACUACCGACUCCUGAGGGGGGAGCUGCUGCUCGGCCUGUCUGAGAACCGUGACCAUCUUAUAGUGUGGGAUCUGGACUCUGGCUACAUUAAAGGACGCAUUAAAACAUACCACAAAGAGUCUUUGCUGACCAGCUCACCACUCAAAGACCAACAGUCCCAGACGGUGCUCACCGGAGAGAGAAAAGGUCUGAUGAUGCCGUGGGACUGGCGCACAGAGAGCCACACAGCCAAGAAGAGGAGGCAGCAGUUUGAAGAGCGGAGAGAGAAAGAGGAGCAGCGCAACUUAGAGAGAGAGAAACACAACUCUAUAGACCAGUAUCUCCUCAGUGGAGACGAAAAGGUGGUGAUAUGCUCCUACUUUGCGCAUCACCUGAAUGUUUUUAGCGUAGAUUCCCAGGAGCAUCUGCACACACUUGAAGAUCGCUGGUCCCUCCUGGGCCUCUGUACUGCAGCACUCACACACUCAGGAGGACACCUGGCCAUCUCCAACUACAGUGAAGUGCAGCGGUCUCCCUACCUCACCCUGUGGGACACACAGCAUGGCAGGGUACAAAAGAGGCUGAAGAAUGAGCCUGGAAUUUGCUGUGUAGCCAUCACAAACGAUGCCAGCAGAAUCGCCUUCGGCAUCAUGAAAAGUAACAAACUGAAAGUGUGGGAGCCUUUUAGAAGAAAGCACAAAACCAUCUCUGGAUACAGGGGCCUGAAACUGGAUGUAUCCAGCCAGCUGUAUGUCACUGAGGGAGGAACCAAGGCCAUUCUGCUAGCAGAUGAGCUGAGCGUUUGGGACCUGGACGCAGGAACAGUCCUGUCAGUCUUCACGCCGGACUCCAGAAUCCAGUGUGUAUCUGUACUGGGUGAUGAGAACUGCACUCUUCAUCUGGGCUUUAGUGACACUCCCACCCUCAUCUCAAUGACCCUCAGCAAACAGGGUCUGACUGCAGCAAGCAAAGACAAACGCCAGGACAGAGUGUUUGGCGAGUCCAGCAGCAGUGAGGAAGAGGACGAACCGGAAGUGAAGAGGGUCAAAUAAGAUUUUUAGGAGACUGUAGUGCACACUAAAAGAACUGUUCUGGCCUUUGUCUGCUGUAUAUAUAUAUUGAUUGUACUGUAGAUCACCACAAUCAUUUGUUUUAACUUGUGGUUUGUGUCCCUGUUCUCAAAAUGUCUUAACUUAAAGCUAAUUUCUUGGGUCCAGCAGACUAAAGACUCAUUUUUAUUGUCGGGUCAAACCUUCACUUUGAACUACUGUUUUGGCUGAGCAGUGCGUACACAUACACACCAACACAUAAGUAUAAAUGCUUACAACAGUGUAGGCCACUUGCACAAGCUAAAGUUGCGGAUGUUACAUUGACUUAGCACAGAAGAAAAUGUAUUUUAGUUAAAGAUAAUGUUGCUUGCCAUAAACAAACUGUGCUCUCUAGGGGGUUCCUCUGUUGGUUUCAUCUGUGUUGGAUAGCACAGUCACCUGUUACCUGAUGUAUUGGAGCUGGAGAACAGACGCUUUCCUCCAAGCGCAUUGGUUGUCCAGCGAAAAGUGGAAACCAGAUGGUGACUGGCUUCACAUGUGUUAGAGGAGGCAUCUGCUAGUCUUUACCCUCCUAGUGUUAAGGGCAUAUCUGGUUAUGAAAGAAGUUCAUAUUAAAGGGGGAUUGGUCAGUUGACCUUCCAGACAAUUAGAAAUGAAUAAAUAAAGAAAAGAUGUCAAGAAGACAUUGAUUACCUACAGAAUUCCAUAAUUUAAUAUUAUAUGAUAUAAUGUAUGAUUGCAUAACCAAAACUACAGCUACAACAAUGUAAUAAUAUAGAUCUCUGUGUCUGUCAAAAUUUGUUUAGCCAACUUUAGUUCCUUCUGAAGCAGCACACUAAAAUGUUGCUUAAGCUACUUUCAAUUUCUGAAGAUUUUGUCAAGCAGGCUGAAGCUUGUAAACAUUCCAAUGAUCAGCCACAACAUUGAACCCACCUGACUAAUAUUGUUAAGGCAUGUUUUCUGCAAGACUUCUGAAGGUGUUUUUGGUAUUUGUCAAUAUGUUAGCAGCAGAUCCUGGAAGAGUGAUGAAAGUUGUGAGGUGGGGCCUCUAUAUACCGUACAUUAGUGAGCCUUUUAAUCGUUUACUCUUUGUCUUUCUGUUGAAAUUGCAUACCUAAUACACUCCCGCCAGACAUGCUAUAUCAUUUUGGUCUCUGACACCAUGUCUUAUAUUCUAAAGCGUGCCUAUUUUCCAACACAGUAACUGACCAUUUGCUCGGAGCAAAGUGCAGCGACUCGGUUCCAAUACAUCAGCUCAUAGACGCCUUAAGCUGAUCAACAUCAUCACCUUACGAGUGAUGAGUGAAAAGAGCACCAUCUACCCACCCAGAGAGAGCCAGACCAGUUGUGCUCUCUCAGGGCUAUGGCAGCUGAUGCCAAGCUACAGGACCAGGAUUCGAAAACAGCGAUCUCCCGAUCAUAGUGGCAGCGCUUUAGACCCCUGGACCACUUGGCACCCAUGUCAAUGCUUUUUGUUAUAGAUGUUCUGUUCAGGUUGUUCUCCUCAAAGCAGUUACUUCUCAGAAAAAUAUAAACAUAAUGUAGAUUAUUCACUAAUAUCUUUGAGGAACCUGAAGAAUUCAGCUUAUUUUUGAGUUUUACAUCAUUACGUAUUUCAAAUAAGCACUAUUAACAAAAUUUAGAUCUCAAAGGGUGCACAUAAUAUGUUGUACAUGGAACUUGUGUAUCUAUGAUACAAAUAGAAAUAUAAACGUCGUUGUGGACACUUACAGUUUACGAACAAUUCAGGCGAAAAGGAUAUGAGUACAAAUGUUACAAAUACUCCAACUACAACAAUCGUUAAAUAGUAAUAGAAGUAAAACACAAUUUAACUUAAGUGUAUCUUGUUUGAGCUAGAAAAAGCCUGCAAACUCAAAGCAUGACUUGUUUUCAACCUGUGGGUUGUGGCCAUGAGCCAGUGGUACUGCUGGUUGGGCAAAAUGUUUUUUUUUUUUCUAGCAUUUAGCAAAGCAAAAAGUGGAUACAAUUUUUAAAUGUUUUAGGUGGUUUCAGAAUAAAAGAUCCUGAGAAAA